AUGACGUUUUUUGGCCUUUUUUCGGGCAUCUUUGCCGUCAACAAAAUAAGCAACGAAAUAAUGAAGGGAGACUGUCCGGAUGAUUUAAUACAAGAAGAAUGCAAUGGAAAUUGUCGGAUGGAAUUUACGAGAUGCCGACUUUUAUGUGAGACUGAAUAUUGUCUCUCGAUUUGCGAAAGAGAAUAUGACACCUGUCUAAAUGCGUGCCCGUGUGGAGAAAAUUGCCCAGAAGGGUGCAAAAACUGCGAUCAUCCGCUUUGCCCAGAAGAAGCCUUUCCGUCUAUCAUGGUCUUGCUCUACACUGACUACAGCCAGACACCAUUCGUCGACUUGCACAAUGCGUUCAUCAUCAAAGGGGACGGAUCUGAAACCGUUCAAGCAACGAUUGACGCUCCAAAUGAACAGUUUUUGACGGACGCAAAACAUGCGCUCAUAAAAGAUGUCCUUUAUGUUUUUGGCGCGUAUCAAAAAAUUGACAAUUCUUUCGUCAAAAAAGUCGCGUUUCUUGAUGACUGUUCAUUUUCUUUUCUCGAUCUGGAGCUUACUUUUCCUCCUCAUUCCAAAAGCUCUACUCUUACUUUUUCGAGUGGAAAUGAAGCGCUCAUCUGCUUUUCAUAUUCUCGCUCGAACCCUGAAAAUGCAAAAACUUGCAAUUAUUUCGACGGGAAUGAAGUGAGCAUCGCACCGAUGACGACGAAUGAUCAUUUGUACGCCGGGCUCGGUUUUUACAAUGGUCAGCCAACGACUGUGGGCAGCUGGCAGUGGGAUGCGCCAUCUCUUGCACAGGUGGAGAUAUUGACUGAGUCUGGGUGGAUUGAAACUGGAGAUCAUCCAAUAGCUCUUUAUGGCCAUUCUCUUAUCGGGUUGACCGAUGGAUCCAUGCUUUCAAUUGGCGGAUAUGAUUCGAUCGCAGAAACUGCUGCAACAGACAUUUGGCGGCUUAAAAAUGACGCCUGGACAAUCACUGGAAAUCUGAAAAAAAAAGUGUUCUUUGCAUCUGCUCUUGAAUCAGGGUCCUCGAUUUACCUCGUCGCCGGAUAUGGCUCUGAUGCUCCAAUUCAACGAAUCGACCUUGAAGAGACCGAAGUUCUUGGCACAAAAGUAAUCGGAUUUCAACCAGACGAAGGGGUUCAGUAUCCCGUUAUUAUGGAAACAACGUUUGAUCGAUGUGUUUAA